AUGGCUAAUGAUAUACCAGUGCGUGAUCCUGCUAGUAAAACAUCAGCAGCAUUUACAUUAUUUAUUGAAAAUUAUGGUCCUUACCAACCAAUAGAUGUUGAAUUUAUCAAGAUAAAUGGUAGAUCAUUUAGAACUGAAUGGUAUAGCCAAUUCCCAUGGAUUGAGUUCAGUGAGCAUUUACAAGCAGCUUUUUGUUUCAAUUGUAGAGUAUUUCCAUCGAAAAAUGCAGAAAAAACUUUCACUAAUGUUGGUUUUAAAAAUUGGAAGAAAGGAAUAGAGAAAUUUACUCAACACCAAAAAUGUAAUGCACACAAAGAGUCUACAUGCAAAUUGUCAAGUUAUACGUUUUCUAAAAAGAAUGGAUCAGUGAUUUCUGAAUUGAAUUUAGCACAUAAGAAUUCUGUAACUCAGAACCGAGAAUAUAUUAGAUGUCUAUUAAAAACCCUUUUGUUCUGUGCAAGACAAGGUAUAGCAAUGAGAGGACACAAUGAAACAGAAAUGUCAACAAAUUGUGGAAAUUUUCUCGAACUUUUAAAAUUGAGAGCACACGAUAAUGCAAUUAUUCAUAAAUAUUAUAUCGAAAAAGAAAUGUUAUUUACCUAUACAAAUCCUGAAUACCAAAAUUUAUUUUUAAAAUAUAUGGCAGAUAGCAUUAAAAAAUCCAUCAUAAAAGAUAUUCAAAGUAAUGGCUUUUACAGUAUUUUGGUGGAUGAAACUCAAGAUUUGAGUUAUCAUGAACAAGUUUCUAUUUAUAUCCGAUACGUUGAUCAACAUUUUGUCCCACAUGAAGUAUUUUUAGAUUUAAAUAAUGUUAGAGGUCAAUGCUAUGAUGGUGCUGCGUCGAUGAGAGGAUCCUACAGUGGCGUGCAAAGUAGAAUAAAAGAAGAAAAUCCAUCAGCACUAUAUGUGCAUUGUUAUGCACAUAUACUCAAUCUAUGUUUAGUUGAUUUAGCUAAGUCUGUACCAAUGGUAAGAAAUACUUUUGGAACUUUAUCAACUCUUCAUAAUUUUAUAAAGACAUCUUCAAAAAGAUAUGCUAUUUUCAAAAAAGUACAAGAAUCAAAUGCAGAAAAUAAAACAAUUCCAGAUCAUUCAAAUAUUGACAAUCAAAAAGUGCAAGAAGAUUUAAAAAACAUAAAAAAAAAAACAUUAAAAUCACUCAGUGAUACUCGUUGGAAUUGUAGGAUUGAAGCUAUAAAAUCUGUUCUUGAAAAUCUGGAGACUAUAUUUCAAACUCUUUUGGAAAUAGAAAGCAUAGAUACACAUUCUGGUUCUGAUGCAGCUUCACUUUCACGAUGUGUCAAGAACUUUGAGUUUAUAUUUUGUCUCCAUGUUCUUAGGGAAAUUUUAGGUUUGACUAAUGUAUUAAAUUUAUAUUUACAGUCACCAAAAAAUAACUAUGCAACUGUUAAAGAUAUGGCUAUGCAUACAAUUGAGUCUUUAAAGGAUUAUAGGUGUGAUUCAAAAUUUAAUGAAUUAUGGAUACUUUCAAAAACUGUUUGUGAUCAAAAUAAAUUAGAUCCUCCUAAAAUUCCUAGAAUGUCCAAAGUUCCAAAUAGACACGGUGGAGGAGCCAAACAAGCAGUUUACCAAGAUGUUCAACACUAUUUUAAAAUUAACUUUUUCUUCCCUCUUUUAGAUUUAUUAACUAACGAUAUAUCAAAUCGUUUUUCUGAAAAUGAUCUUGAUAUCCUACAAGCAUUAUAUGAUGUACUAUGUGAAGAAAACCCAUCGAAUGACGUUAUUAAAAAAGUAUGUACAACAUACAGUUUAACCGAAGUAGAAUUAAAAGGAGAGCUGUCUAUUUUAAAUAAAAUGUUAAAAAAGACUUCAAAUGAAAGAAGUUUCUCUUCGUUGAAGAAACUAAAAACAUAUCUACGGCUUACUAUGGGCCAAACAAGACUGAGUAGUAUCGCUACUCUCUACAUUGAAAGAGAUAGAGAAGUUGAUUUUGAUCAAGUAAUAAAUGAAUUUGACGAAGGUGCACCAAUUCGUGGUCGACGGCUUGUAUUGAAAUAA